AUGAACCUCCUCAUAUCAUCACUACUGAUCAUCCCUCUAUAUAUCUCUCAAACCCUCAGCCAAGACCCCACAACCUCUGCAAGUAAAGCGACCCUCGAUGGCGCUCUCCUACGCAGCCAAGCAGAUGCCCUCACAUCCGCCUUCCCGAGUGCAACACCAUUCACCAAGCCGUUCGAAAUCCCAGGCGGAAACCUAAUCCAGCCGCCUUCGUCGCUCGUCGGCGCGAUUAUCACCGGUAUACCGCCGUCCGUCCUGGCGCAGCUGAUUCAGCCCGCAGGACGAGAAUCCAUUGCGUCGGAUUUCCGCGCAGGAAAUACGCCUGAUUGGUAUGCUGGUUUACCGGCGGACGUGAAAGACUAUGUGACGAGUAUGAGGGCUCAGGUCAGUCAUGGAGAGGUGGACUUUAGCGCUACGCCGACGAGUACGGGCGACUUUGGGAGCGGGGGAGGGAGCUAUAGUGAUGAUGGCGAUGGUGGUAGUGAUAAUAUAGGGAAGGAGACAGGAGGAGGACAAGGAGGUGCAGCAGCAACUUCGAGUUCGACGGGUAGUGCUGCUCGUUCUACUGGGGAGUUGGCUGGGAGCUUGGUCGGUGUGAUGGGAGUUUUGGGGGCUGUGGCUUUACUUUGA